AAGCACACUUGACUCUUGCCUUGCACACCAUAGUUUCAUCUGUGUACAGCGAUAUAAGAAACCCAGGAAUGGAUUGAACAAUGGAUUUCAUUCUAAAUGCAGACAGCCAAAAACUGUUAUUAAAUCUGUGAAACCAAGACAAUUAGUUGUAAGUUCGUCAUCUGUGGGGAUAGAUCGCUGAGCUACCGUUGCUGCAGCCAGAAGCUCUCGCUGGAUCGAUUUUGUUGGGUUGUCGCAACAGUGAAGAGAUUUGAGAAGAGAGAGGUUGGACCCAGAUUUGGAGUAGCUUGAAGGAUGUCGAGGAGGUAUUCGAAGGCGCCACCGCAGGCGGAAGAAAAGCCUUUGCAUGAUGCGGCGCGGAACGGGGAUGUGGACGAGACCAUCCGUCUCCUUGCCAUGAACCCUGCUUCUAUCAAUGAGCGUGACCGACACUCUCGUACUCCACUACACAUGGCAGCAUGGGCAGGGCAAACCGAUGUAGUGAAACUGCUUUGUGAUAGCAAAGCAGACAUCAAGGCCGCAGCAGGAGAUGACAUGGCAGCCAUUCAUUUUGCAAGUCAGAAGGGACAUGUCGAAGCUGUUCGUUUACUGCUGGCUGCAAGAGCCGAAGUGAAUACAUUGACACGCAAAGGGAUGACCCCUCUACAUAUGGCAGUUCAAGGAAACCACAAAGAUGUGUGUUUACUACUAAUAAAGAAGGGGGCCAACCUAUUAACCAAGAACAAGGCUGGGAAAACGCCUUUGGAUCUUGUUAAGGAUGAAGCUUUGGGCUCCUGUAUGAAGGCUGCCCAAGCUGAACGCCGAGCUCUUAAAGAUUCAAAGAAGAAGAAAGAGGGCGCUGAAGGUGAAAGUGCAACGGGUGCUUCUGAUAUUACUGCUGACGUUGAGACAGAGAAGGUUAAUUCCACAGCAGGAGUUAAAAGGGAGGGUCCUGAACUAGUUGGGGUGGAGGAGGGACAAAUUGACGAGGCUACUGCCUUGAAAGGAUCCAACAAGAAGGCAAAAAUUGCACUUUCACAUCUUGAUGCAGAUGAGAGGGAGGAAGAUUCCUGAUCUAUGAUGGUUAAAAUUCACUAUUGUGUACAGGAAAGUUUCUGGGACUGAUAGAAUGGCUAGAGUUCAUAGAGAUGAUAAAUGAUUGAUUACACACAGAUAUGUGCUGAGCUGGUGGGGACAUGCUUGCCCUGCAUCAAGCUGGACUUGACUUUCCUGAGGAAGGUUAUUCACAACAACUCAACUGAUCAAAGAUUUGCAUACUUGAGUCCUGUAACUUAAAUGCUCAAUGUUGCUUAGAUUUUAUGAUUCUAUGUAA